AUGCCGAACGAUGAUCAAUCUAGCUCAAACCGGGACUACUCCAGGGAUGAGAGCAACCCGUUCGUCGCCUUCCGGCGCUACGCUGAUGAACAGGUCUCCACAAUGCUUCAAUCUAUCACAGGACUGCCCUCGAUGGUAACGCCACCUCACAACAACCGCUGGGAAAUUUUCGUAGACGAUCACGGCUACGAAAGCAGGACCUCUCGUCAGAGAACCGGCGAUAAUACAGGAGAAAAGGGCUAUUCGACAGACCGAGAUGGAGGAAAUGGUUAUUCGGGAGGAGAUGACAACACACGCAACCCAGCCAACACAUCACAUCCUAGGUCACGCUGGUUCGAGCAUGAUGACCCAUGGAACUCGCAGUCAUGGAGAAAAUGGUGCAAUGGACCAUCCGACUUUUUCGGCCUCGAUUCCUUCUUCAACCGCUUCUGGCUUGAGGAUCGCUUCUUCCCCUUUGCGUCGCAUCUCAUGAAUCCCAACCGCAGCUUCUUCCUCCCAGAUAUGUUCGAUGAUACCGAUUCGCCGACCUGGCCGAUCGCCUAUAUUAUGUUCAGCCCGUACUCGCCUCUCCACCUAGAACGCCAAGCACAAUAUCGCGCUUACCGUGAAAAAGGCGUUUUCUCCUCGAUUAUGUCGACUUUGAGUUUGGAUUCCGACCGUGCCUCUUCGGAACCGCAGUGGCGAGAAGCCUUUGAGGAUUUACUUCGGCUUGAAAACGGAAAGUCGAUGCUCACUCGUGAUGCCUCCGCGGCACCGGAGACUGGGAAGGAUUGGCUCCAGGGUCUGGUGAAGCGCGGAAGCCUGGGUGACCGAUGGAAGUAUGUACCUGGCACAGAGGGUCAGCCUUGGUCAGGUAUUACUUUCUCUGGCCGUGCGGAGCAGGAUCGGUCUCUAUCCGAGAAAGAGGAAGAGCCCGUGGAUCGGAAGAACGAGCAAGAGGCUGCUGAAAGUGAGCUUGACCUGUAUCAGCGCUUCUUGCAUGAUAUCGAAAACCGCGAGCGUGAAUUCUUCCGCGGUGCGUCUGAAAGCCCUCUCCUGCGCAUGCUCCUCGAAGAGCGACGACAACAGCAGGAGGAACUUGAGAAAUACAGACGCAGUGUUCCCAAGGUACAAGAUGAGCAAAGCAGUGAUGGCAAUGAGACCUGGCUAGAGCUUGUCUCUGGUGGAACUGUUCCUGAAACGCCCUCAAACUCAUCGACCGAGACCGUGAACGAGAGGAUUGGAUCGCCCUCAGAACCAGCACAGUCUCGUGUCAUCUCUACCAUGACCCGAACAGAACGCGUUCGACUUCCCGAUGGCUCGGUUGAAAGCAAGAUUUUCAAAACCAAGCGUUUUGCAGACGGUCGUGAGGAAACCGACUCGUCUGUCGAGGUAUCUCAUCCUCAGCCGGAAGAUAACAAGUCUGAUGAAUCUGGUCGAUCCAAGAACGGCUGGUUCUGGAAAGACUAA